AGUGGAAGAAGAAGAAGAAAAAGAAAAAAAGAAGAAGAAGAAGAAGAGCAAGAACAAAAAGAAGAAGAUGAAGAAGAAAACAAAGACGAAAAAGAAGCCGAGGACGACGAAGUAAAAGAUAAAAAAGAUGAGGAAGAAGAGCAAGCAGAAGUAAUAGCAGAGAAGUAGUAUAGGAACUGCGCUCAUUGCCUCUCAAUCUCCCUCACUCUCAUCCUUGUCGCCACCCUCUCCAUGUUUCUAUCUAUUAUGGUUGGGCAAUGGGUGUGGCUGUGCUGUACGACUUGUCCUCAGCUCCCAAGAAUGAAACAAUGCAGUGGACUCGGGUAUAGAAAAACGACCACACCUAUUAUCAUGACCUACUCUCUUACACACUAGCUACACCUAUACUUGCUACACUUAUAUCUCCCACACCAGGUAACUCUUAAAGGAGGCAGAUCAAUGGACAAAAUAGUAUGAAAAGAAUGGCAGUAGAAGAAAAGGCAGACUCAAAAGAAGGAAAAGGCUGGGAGAAUGGGAAGAGAAAGGGUAAUGGUUAGGGAGAGGGAAAGGGAGGAGAGGGAGAGGGGAGAGAGAAAAGAAGGCUGGAAAAGGGAGAGGGUGAUAGUGAGGGAGAAGGAAAAGGAGAAACAAAUGGAUAAUGAAUUCGGAGGGAGGAAGCGAUGGUAAGGGAGGAGGAAAUAGAGGAGGAAAAGGAAAACGAGGAGGAAACUGAAUGAGGAAAAGGAUAUGAAGGAAGAGAAAAAAUCGAGGAGGAAAAAUAAAUAGGGGAGGAAAAGGAAAAAGAGGAGGAAAAGGAAAUUUAGGAGGAAAAGGAAAUAGAGGAGAAUGAAAUAAAGGAGGAAAAGGAAAUUGAUAAGGGAAAGGUAAUAUAUAAGGAACAGGAAAUAGAGGAGGGAACGGAAAGAGGAGAAAAAUGAAAUGGAGGAAAAUAAAAUAGAUGAGGAAAAGGAAAUAGAGGAGAAGGAACUAAAGGAGGAAAAAUAAAUUGAUAAGGGAAAGGGAAUAUAUAAGGAACAGGAAAUAGAGGAGGGAACGAAAAGUGGAGAAAAUGGAAAUGGAGGAAAAUAAAAUAGACGAUGAAAAGGAAAUAGAAGAAAAAGGAAAUAGCGGAGGAAACGGAAAGAGGAGGAAAAGGAAAUGGAGGAAGAAAUGGAAAUGAGGAAGGAAAAACGAAAGGAAGGAAAGGGAGAGGGAGACGAUAAGGGACGUAGCGGCCGCAAAACUCAGGCAAGGCGGUGAGGGAGGGACGGGCGGCGGCGGCGAGGAGGAGGUAGCAGCCGCCAGCCAGUCGCGUGCCGGCCGCCGCCCCGUGAGCAUUCCGCGGCACCCUUAGGAGCCCGCCCUCCCCGGCACAGCGCGACCUGUUACUCCGCCGACGACAAGAAAAUAUAUAACCUAGAACAAGCAUACCAGGAACAACGACUUGGAUAAAAACGCACGAAAUCUUCAAACAUUCCCCGUAAAGAAGCAUAACUUAAGCUUCUUAGUGCCGCUCAAAGCACUCAGCAAGAAAUCCCAACAGCGAAACAGCGAGAGACUAACGGAAGAAAAAACAAACAACUAAAAGAAAAGUCCAGUAAGAGAGAAGUGGAGAGGGAGAGAGAGGAAGAGGGAGAGUGCAUGGUCCCAGCCUCUACCUCCUCUCUACCGCGUCCCCUUCAACCCACUCCUCAACCCCCUCCCCCCGUGCUGUUCUGACUACCCCGUCCUUCCCCCCCUCACCUGUCACCCACCUGCGCCAUGGACCCCGCCAGGAUACUUCAGAUCAUCACCAACAGCACCUGGAUGGUGACCAAGCUGGUGGGCAGCGACCCGGUGGAGUUCGAGCAGCCGGAGUACGAGGUGACGGUGCCUGAGAACACCCGCCAAGACCACCUGCUGCGGCUGUCCGCCAGGGUGCGGCUGGAAGGAGAGACGGUGCAGUACAGGAUCAGCCAAGGUAACGAGGACGGCCUCUUCCACCUGGACGCGUCCACGGGAACCCUCUCCCUCCUGCGGCCCCUCGACUACGAGCUCCAGCAACAGCACGAUCUGGUGGUGGAGGCGGCGGCGGGGGAGGCGAGGGGCGAGGCGCGGGUGGUGGUGAAGGUGGACGACCAGAACGACCACGCGCCGGUGUUCCUCAGGGCCCUGCACGAGACCCAGAUCACCGAAGAGGACAACAGACACCUGCCCAAGGUUAUCCUGAAGCAAGUGACGGCCGUGGACGGGGACGCGGGUCGGUUCGGGAACCUUUCCUACACACUAUCUGGGGACGGAAUCUUUAACAACGGGUCGCGGCCUUGCUUCUCCGUGGACGCCGCCUCGGGCACGCUCCUGCUUCUGAGGCCCCUGGACCGCGACCCUCCCCACGGCCGGCCUCAGUGGCGCCUGCGGGUGACGGCCUCGGACGGCCAGCUCGAAGCACACACCGACGUCCGUGUGAACCUCAAGGACACCAACGACAACGCGCCCUUCUUCCCCUCCCGCACCACCACCGCCACCGUCUCCGAAGACACGUCGCUAGGGUCGUCGGUGACGCGCGUCGAGGCCACGGACUACGACGACCCUCAGGAGGGAGACAACGCCAAGGUCACGUUCUCGCUGGAGAAGAACGCCAUCGACGAGGCGAGCGGCCGCCCGAUCUUCGCCAUCGACGGCGAGCUCGGCGUCAUCAGCACGGCGCUCUGCUGCCUCGACCGGGAGAAGACGCAGCGCUACGUCAUCCAGGUGGUGGCGACGGACGGCGGCGGCCUCAAGGGCACGGGCACGGUGGUGGUGGACGUGGACGACGUGAAUGACGUGUCUCCAAAGUUCUCGCGGCCCCAGUGGACGCUGGACGUGCCGGAGAGCCUUGACAACGACCACGUGCUGGCCACCCUCACCGUCGUGGACCCUGAUGCAACAAACGUCUUCGCCUACAGGGUGGUGCCGGGCAGCGGGCGGGGCUGGCAGAUGUUCCGCGUGGAGGGCGUGGCGGGGGCGCUGCCCGGCGGGAACCUGAGGUCGGUGGAGCCGCUGGACUAUGAGGAUCCCGAGCACCGGCAGGGCUUUAUCUUGAGGGUGCAGGUGACGGACAUGGGUGAGGACGGCUGGGAGCAGAAGGAACACGUGGCGGAGACGGUAGUGAGGCUGAACUUGGUGGACGACAACGACAACGACCCGGUGUUUAGCGAGGACUUCACGAGCCUCUCCCUGCCCGAGGACACACCGCGGGGCGUUCUUCUCGCCACCUUCACCGCCCUGGACCCCGACAACGGUGGAAAGAGUCGCGUGCAAUACCGGGUGGCUCCGUCCAGCGACCCUCGCCGCCAGUUUGCCGUGGACGAGAGUGGGGCGGUGCGUCUGGUGGGGGGUCUGGACCGGGAGGCCGCGGACACCCACAGUGUGCUGGUGUGGGCGGUGGACGAUGGCUCGCCGCCCAGGACCGCCACUGCCACCCUCGCCAUCAACGUGACGGACGUGAACGACAACCCGCCGUUCCUGGCGGAGCCCCGCGAGGUGCAGGUGACGGAGAACAGCGAGGCGCAGCAGGUGGCGGAGGUCAAGCUGAAUGACCCCGAUGACUGGCGGCAGGGUCACGGGCCGCCCUUCACCAUCGCCCUGGACCCCCGCGCGCCGCCCCACGUCACCGACAGCGUCAGGGUCACGCUGGACACGAGAGGGGAUGACGGGCGUGGCGUGGGCGUGGUGUGGACGCGGGCGGCGCUGGACCGAGAGGAGCGUCCCGCCCUGCUGGUGCCGCUGGUGGUGGGCGACGCCGGCUGGCCGCCCCUCACCGCCACCGUCACCCUCACCCUCCACGUGGCCGACCUCAACGACAACCCCAUGGCGCCCGCCAACAAGACCGUCACCGUACACACGCUGCAGCGUCAGGGCGCGGCGGUGCCCCUGGGGCGGGUGUACGUGCAGGACCCGGACGACUGGGACGUCACAGCCAAGACCUACGCCUGGCGGGACCCUCAGGCGGGCUUUUUCCUCGACACCUCCAGCGGCCACCUUAACAUGGCGCCCUCCACACCUGACGGCCGGUAUGACCUUGAGUUUUUGGUAACUGAUAAGAGCCAAGGACAAAAGGACGUUGCGGCGAACGUAAGCGUCCAAGUGGCGUCUGUGCAGCCCAACCAAGGCCACUACUUGACGCCCCUCACAGUGGAUGCAAGCAGCGACUACCUCGUGAGACAGACGAGCGAGGGAGAACCGUCCAUCCUGAGUCGGUUACUAAACACAGUACGGGCAUGGGCUGGCGGGGGCGGCGCUGACGUGCAGCUGCUGACGGUGGAGCCGCUGGAGGAGGUGCUUUCUGCCACACGGGUGUGGCUGUCCAGCACAGAGACCAGGAAUUUUGACCACGUGUUGCUCUACCACAUGGAUGAGCUGAGCGCAACCCUGGGCGUCAGCGUACGGGACAUCGGCGUGGUCUCCUGCCGUGCAGGGGCUGCUCCCGAGCCACAUGCACUGGCGGAGGAGAGGUGUGUGGGCGGCUGCUGGGUGGCCCUCACCGACAACUUCACUGUGGUGGACGCCAAUUCCUCGGCGGUGGUAGGACCACGGGUGGCGGUGCAGGGCUCCUGUGGCUGCCCCACCGAAUCAGCCGCCGUAACCACGCCUGUCCGUGCGCGCCCGUGUAACCCUGACACCUGCUUCAACGGUGGCAGGUGCCUCAGCACCUCUUCGGGCACCCGGUGCAUCUGUCCUCACGGCACCUGGGGCUCUCGCUGCAAGGUGGUCGCUAGACGCUUCGAGGGAGGCGGGGGUAAGCAGGAGGGCGACGCCGGGGACACCGCAGAGGGUGCGUGGGCGUGGGUGCCGCCCAUCCCGCCAUGUGCCGAGAUGCACGUGAGCCUGGAGCUGCUGAGCACAGCGGGGGAAGCCGUGCUGCUCUACUCUGGGCCAGAGCAGCACAGCACUGAACAGGGGCCGGGCAGGGGCCGCCAUGACCUUCUCCUGCUGCUGCUGGAGCUGCGUCAGGGGCGGCCAGUGCUGCAGCUGGACCAGGGCGGCGGGCCCGUCACCCUCGCCCUCAACUCUUCCUCCUUGGCCGACAACACGUGGCACAGGAUAGACCUCCACUGGAAGGACGAGCUGGUGGAGAUGGUCGUGGACCUGUGUCUGGGGGGCCACUGGGACGAGCCGCCGCCCACGCCUUCUCCGGCUGCCCACAACACCUCGUCCACUCCCGUCCUGCCUGAAACACACGCCUGCAGGGCCGCCACGGAGCUGCCAAAGGGCGACCGUGUGCUCAAGACCGGCGGAGUGCUGCAGGUGGGCGGGCUGGUGCACCCUCUGCCCGCCCUCAUGCUGGACGAGGCUUCGGCGCAGCCACGCCCGCCACAUUUUCAAGGCUGCGUCAGGAACCUCAGAGUCAACGGCGAGCUGGUGGACCUGGGCACAGGCGUCCUCAGCAGGGCCAGCUCGCCGGGGUGUCCUGCCGCAGACUGCCUCGCCCAACGCCUCCACUGUGGCGUCCACGGCAGGUGUCUGGGGUCGCCGGGGUCGCUGCGGUGUGAGUGCCAGCCGGGCUGGGGCGGGCCGGGCUGUGCCUCGCCCACAAUGCCCGCCACCUUCCUCCCCAACAGCUACGUCAAGCUGGCCCUCUCCUUCUCGCCGCUGGCCUACACCACCUCCAUCAGCCUCAGGUUCCGCACCCUGAGGAGGAAAGGCGAACUGGUGGUGCUGUCGUCCCAGCACGGGCGGGACAGCUGGUCCGUGCAGCUGGUGGGCGGCCGCCUCUGUGCUGUGCUUCACCUCCACCCUGGAACCCCUGCCUCACUGUGCCUGUCGCGGGCCGUUCUCACCGACGGCCGCUGGCACGCCCUCACCGCCACCAGGUACGGCUCGGCGACCAUCCUGACAGCGGACGACGGGGACGGCGACCUGUACAACGCCUCGCUGCUGCUGCUGGAGGGGCGGCAGCUGCUGGAGGUGGACAAGCAGGAGGGCGUCCGGGUGGGCGGGGCUCCACACUUCCAGGACGCGGGAGUCCUCAAGAUCCACAGCGAUUACUUUGACGGCUGCAUCGACGACCUGCGCAUCGCGGGCCGCAGCGCGCCGCUGCCGCCGGCGGUCAACAGCACGCCCUGGGGCCAGGCCAGCACCUUCAGAGGCGUGGAGCGAGGCUGCGGCGCCCCGUCUUCCUGCGCCAACGUGUCCUGCUCACCGCCGCUCUCCUGCGUCGACACCUGGAGGUCCUACCACUGCGGGUGUGGCAAAGGCCGCGUGCUGGGCCGGAGCCGCGCGGCGUGUGAGGACGAGGACGAGUGUGCGUGGCGGCCAUGCCUCAGCGGCGGCUCCUGCUUCAACACCCAGCCAGGGUACGUGUGCUCGUGCCCGGCGGGGUUCAGCGGCCAGCACUGCCAGCUGCCCGACGUGGGUAACACUUCCCUUAAGCUGCCAGUCGGGGUCCUCAUCACCAUCCUCGUGUGGUGCAUCUUCCUCGUGUUGCUGGUGUGCGCCUUCCUGCUUCACCAACAUCACCGCCGCGCCGCGCUGCGCAGGGGAAUGACAGACUCAAAAGACACCAAUGUGGACUGCAAGGGCCAAGUGUCUCCACCGUGCAGUCACACACCCAACCUGCUGGAGCUGCAGCUGCUGAAGCCACCCAGAGCCAAUGGCCAGCCCGCCUGGACAAGGAACCCUAACAUUGCCGAUGUGGACGUGCUGCAGGUGGACGUGGUGACGCCGGCCAAUAUCAGCGGGGCGCGGGAUGAGAACGGUUCACCACAUUCCCGGAGAGGCAGCUUCCAAGGAGCGGCCAGCAGGAGGUCGAGCAGGAGUAGCACGUUGUGUGAAGGGAGAGACUUGAAAUGCUACGAGUACGAGGGUGAAUGCGUCUUCCCUGGGUCUAUCUCAUCCCCAGUGAACUAUACAAAAGACUCCAGUGAAACUCCCGGCAUCCAGAGGCAUGAGGCUACGCGGACCGUGGUGUUCCUCCGAAGUGAAAAAUGUGAUCUUUUAAGACAUGUGCCCAACGCAGCGACAUGACCGUUACAGCGAGCAGAAGUAACUGGAUGGAUGGAAAAAGACAGAACACAGUGGUAUCGGGGCCAUCGCACUCAAACAAUCCAUUGCAAAAGAAAUCAACGAUAAAAUUAUUCCUGACUGUUGAGGCUAACGUGUCUGCCUCCCAAGAAGUUUAUUUGUCCAUGCAGACCACAAGGAAAGUCUAAUUCAGCAACAAACAACAGAUGGCGUGAUGACGAGCUGGUAAACUUUACAUGAAAUACAUCGUUCGUAGAUCAGUUAUUGAUAAACAUUUUUUCAGUAUCUCUGAAACCAAGAAAGACGCCUCGUACUCAAAGUUGCAUUUUUUAACUUGUCUUUUUUAUUCUUAUCUUUUUAACCUAUAAAUUUGUUUUCGUUAAGACACACUCAAUUGUUGAUUUAAGCCUCAGAAACUUCGCUUUGAUUAGUGCAGGUGCCAAGGGUCCAACACCAGAAGCAUCAUCAACAACAACAACAACAACAACAAUAGUGGCAGCAGAAGCAACAACUGGCAUGUUGAUUCCAGUGCUGGUCUGGCUGGCACAACAGUGAUUUCCCUGCUCCUGAAGUCCUGGUGACAGUCUGCGUGGCCGACUAGCAAAUACACAUUCCAGUACGCUCUGAAGGCUCACCAAUAGAAAUGAUUUUAUCUGAAGUGUUCUUCGGGAGAGAGGGAGAACACACGCAGGUUCAUACGGACGACCGCCCGCCCGAACUCACACACACACGCACGUACACAUGCACACAUUUUCAUAUAUAAAAGUCAUGCCAGCACGAACAUGUACUCACACGCUGUAACUGUACACACAGUAUCAGAGAAAAUUAAGAGCAAGUGAAUUAUUCCGAAAAAAAUAUACAUAAAUUAAAAGGAAUAGUUAUUCCCCUCAGUCAAUUACUCGUAUACAAGCGCUUGCCUGCACGGUGUAAUAAUUCUGACAAUGGAGCCGUGAAACACACUCCACAAGCAUAUUGGAGCAGCUGGAAACGGUCGGCGAGGAGCUGCUCUCCUCUCCUCCUUGACGUGCGGAAGGAAAUGGAGUCGCCUUGAACCAGCGAGGGAACACUGUUGGAAGGAAGGAGGCCAACGCUGGCGGAAACUAACAAUGGAUUUCUGCUGGUUAAAGUGCGUUUAAUUGUUUGAAGUUAUUUUAAUCUACUCAUUCAUCUAUGUCUCCCUUUCCUGGUCAUACCCUUGACAUCAGUUCCAACACUAUGAAUACGCAAGACUCCGUUAUCUACGAGCAUUCUGUGAACCAAUGGCUACAUCUAACCGACUAGUUUUCUUUGUUAGUAUUUAUAUAACACACAUAGGUCAAUAAAAACAUUGGAGGUGUUGCAUGUGAAACUGAGUGAGGAAAAAAUUGUUUAGAACCUGCAGUUGUUUUUGAGUUGAUAAUAAGUGACGCAUCUCAGCAUGGGAGAGCUUAGAAUAUGGCCGAAUGUUGUUUUUUUCCCGCUUCGAGCAACAUCGUUUCAACUGCUAGAUCAUAUAUUUUGCGAGAAUGUAGCUUAAGAAAUAAGCUAAGAGUGGAGUGUUGGCAUGAAAGUUGUAAAGGAGGGCAACGUCACAACGGUUUAUGCCUUUCAUUCCAGUGGAUUGUGAUAAAACUCCUUCCAGUUGAAUGUAUACGCUGUUUUCCAUUUUUUCCCAUCAAAAGUGACUUUCAGGCCUAGAGAUAAGGUUAGACAAUUCUGGUGAUCCAUUUGUACGGCGUCUGAGUAGUGUAUGCGAGCUGAUAACUGACGGAAAACCAAAAGAACCGAUCAGGGAUACAAGAACUGUGGAAGUUGUGACAAAUAGAAAAUCACGUGGAUAAGAAAUCUGAACCUUUUCCGGAACAGGAUAGAGUUCAUUAGCAUCACACAGACUGGAAAACGACUUGUUUUGCAGCGGACCAAUAUGGCAUGAUGAUGUAGGUAGGUAGCGUGCUAUCCUAUAACCCUAUAACAGUGCACCAAAUAGCUUCCCCAAUGUCUAUCAGUAAAUAUUUUCUUACACUAGAUAAAAAUACGAAAUGUUGACAGACUUUUUAACAAGAGAUCGUAUGCAGUUAACGUAAUGUUUUGUAUUUUUCAUACUGACACUAUAUUUUCUAUGUGAUGUAGCUAUUUCCUGUGUGAUUAGAUUCACGAUAAACUAACUGCAUAUGAGGACCACAUGAUGUAGCAGAUACAAUUUUUAAAAAAAACUGUAAUGUGAGUCUAAAAAUCACGCAGCGUGACGUGGGUGAACGUUAAGUUUUCAAUAAAUAAAUUUGCAAACCAACCCUGGCUGAUUUUCAAUUUCUCCU